AUGCAGAACAACCUGGGGAUAUCGCUGUGCCGCCAAUGCGAUCAGCUCUUCCCCUUGCCGUUGCCCAUCGCAUGCACCAAUAAGCCUCCCUCUCCCUCCCUCCCUCCCUCCCUCCCUCCCGCCCUCCCUCCCUCCCUCCCUCCCUCCCUCCCUCCCUCCCUCCCUCCCUCCCUCCCUCCCUCCCUCCCGCCCUCCCGCCCUCCCUCCCUCCCUCCCUCCCUCCCUCCCUCCCUCCCUCCCUCCCUCCCUCCCUCCCUCCCUCCCUCCCUCCCUCCCUCCCUCCCUCCCUCCCGCCCUCCCUCCCUCCCUCCCUCCCUCCCUCCCUCCCUCCCUCCCUCCCUCCCUCCCUCCCUCCCUCCCUCCCUCCCUCCCUCCCUCCCUCCCGCCCUCCCUCCCUCCCUCCCUCCCUCCCUCCCUCCCUCCCUCCCUCCCUCCCUCCCUCCCUCCCUCCCUCCCUCCCUCCCUCCCUCCCUCCCUCCCUCCCUCCCUCCCUCCCUCCCUCCCUCCCUCCCUCCCUCCCUCCCUCCCUCCCUCCCUCCCGCCCUCCCGCCCUCCCUCCCUCCCUCCCUCCCUCCCUCCCUCCCUCCCUCCCUCCCUCCCUCCCUCCCUCCCUCCCUCCCUCCCUCCCUCCCUCCCUCCCUCCAUCCCUCCCUCCCUCCCUCCCUCCUUCCUUCUCCCUCCCGCGCUCUCUCUCCUCCUAUCCUUGCAAACCGUCUUGCACCCUGCUUGCACAUUCUUGCAACCCUCUUCACCUUUCCCCCUCUCCACCUUUCCCCCUCUCCACCUUUCCCCCUCUCCACCUUCCCCCCUCUCCACCUUUCCCCUCCUCCACCUUUACCCCUCUCCACCUUUUUCACUCUCCACCUUUUCCCUCUCAACCUUUCCCCUUCUCCACCUUUCCCCCUCUCCACCUUCUCCCUCUCCACCUUUCCUCUUCUCCACCCGUCCCCCUCUCCACCUUCCCCACUCCACACCUCUUCCCCUCUCCACCUGCGCCCCUCCCCAUUGCUCACAUACAACUUUCCCUCGCCCUGCUCUCUUCUCUCUCCUCCCCAAUCGGGCACUUUCGCUCGUCAUGUUAGCUUAAGUAUCAAGGCAGACCAGAAGAGUGAAGAGGGCAGCGGCAUGCACCGUCCCUCUCUCCAUGCUCCUCCCCUCUCUCCAUGCUCCUCCCCUCCCUCCAUGCUCCUCCCCUCUCUCCAUGCUCCUCCCCUCCCUCCAUGCUCCUCCCCUCUCUCCAUGAUCCUCCCCUCCCUCCGUGCUCCUCCCCUCUCUCCAUGCUCCUCCCUUCUCUCCAUGCUCCUCCCGUCUCUCCAUGCUCCUCCCCUCUCUCCAUGCUCCUCCCCUCUCUCCAUGCUCCUCCCCUCCCUCCAUGCUCCUCCCCUCCCUCCAUGCUCCUCCCCUCUCUCCAUGCUCCUCCCCUCCCUCCAUGCUCCUCCCCUCUCUCCAUGCUCCUCCCCUCUCUCCAUGCUCCUCCCCUCUCUCCAUGCUCCUCCCCUCCCUCCAUGCUCCUCCCCUCUCUCAAUGCUCCUCCCCUCUCUCCAUGCUCCUCCCCUCUCUCCAUGCUCCUCCCCUCUCUCCAUGCCCCUCCCCUCUCUCCAUGCUCCUCCCCUCUCUCCAUGCUCCUCCCGUCUCUCCAUGCUCCUCCCCUCUCUCCAUGCUCCUCCCCUCCCUCCAUGCUCCUCCCCUCUCUCCAUGCUCCUCCCCUCUCUCCAUGCUCCUCCCCUCUCUCCAUGCUCCUCCCCUCUCUCCAUGCUCCUCCCCUCUCUCCAUGCUCCUCCCCUCCCUCCAUGCUCCUCCCCUCUCUCCAUGCUCCUCCCCUCUCUCCAUGCUCCUCCCGUCUCUCCAUGCUCCUCCCCUCUCUCCAUGCUCCUCCCCUCUCUCCAUGCUCCUCCCCUCCCUCCAUGCUCCUCCCCUCCCUCCAUGCUCCUCCCCUCCCUCCAUGCUCCUCCCCUCCCUCCAUGCUCCUCCCCUCUCUCCAUGCUCCUCCCCUCCCUCCAUGCUCCUCCCCUCUCUCCAUGCUCCUCCCCUCCCUCCAUGCUCCUCCCCUCUCUCCAUGCUCCUCCCCUCUCUCCAUGCCCCUCCCCUCUCUCCAUGCUCCUCCCCUCUCUCCAUGCUCCUCCCCUCUCGCCAUGCUCCUCCCCUCUCUCCAUGCUCCUCCCGUCUCUCCAUGCUCCUCCCCUCUCUCCAUGCUCCUCCCCUCUCUCCAUGCUCCUCCCCUCUCUCCAUGCUCCUCCCCUCCCUCCAUGCUCCUCCCCUCCCUCCAUGCUCCUCCCCUCUCUCCAUGCUCCUCCCCUCCCUCCAUGCUCCUCCCCUCUCUCCAUGCUCCUCCCCUCUCUCCAUGCUCCUCCCGUCUCUCCAUGCUCCUCCCCUCUCUCCAUGCUCCUCCCCUCUCUCCAUGCUCCUCCCCUCCCUCCAUGCUCCUCCCCUCCCUCCAUGCUCCUCCCCUCUCUCCAUGCUCCUCCCCUCUCUCCAUGCUCCUCCCCUCCCUCCAUGCUCCUCCCCUCUCUCCAUGCUCCUCCCCUCUCUCCAUGCUCCUCCCCUCUCUCCAUGCUCCUCCCCUCCCUCCAUGCUCCUCCCCUCCCUCCAUGCUCCUCCCCUCUCUCCAUGCUCCUUCCCUCCCUCCAUGCUCCUCCCCUCUCUCCAUGCUCCUCCCCUCCCUCCAUGCUCCUCCCCUCUCUCCAUGCUCCUCCCCUCUCUCCAUGCUCCUCCCGUCUCUCCAUGCUCCUCCCCUCUCUCCAUGCUCCUCCCCUCUCUCCAUGCUCCUCCCCUCCCUCCAUGCUCCUCCCCUCCCUCCAUGCUCCUCCCCUCUCUCCAUGCUCCUCCCCUCCCUCCAUGCUCCUCCCCUCUCUCCUUGCUCCUCCCCUCCCUCCAUGCUCCUCCCCUCUCUCCAUGCUCCUCCCCUCUGUCCAUGCUCCUCCCCUCCCUCCAUGCUCCUCCCCUCUCUCCAUGCUCCUCCCCUCUCUCCAUGCUCCUCCCCUCUCUCCAUGCUCCUCCCCUCUCUCCAUGCUCCUCCCCUCUCUCCAUGCUCCUCCCCUCUCUCCAUGCUCCUCCCCUCCCUCCAUGCUCCUCCCCUCUCUCCAUGCUCCUCCCCUCUCUCCAUGCGCCCUGCCGGCUGUCUGGGGACAAGGAGACUGCCUCGGAGCUGCUCAGCCGCUUCAAGUGGGGCCACGCCUUCCUCUCCCUCAACAUUCCUCCUUCCUCUCCACCACCCCAAUGCUUCUCCCUUCCCUUGAGCUGCUGGAGGCGUAUGCGGCGUGUGCGGACGGGGCGGAGGUGAUAGCGGCGCAGCACAGGUGGAUGGAGAGGGAGGCAGAGCUCGCACAGGCGAGGCAUGACGGCACAGAUGUGCCUUCCCCAGGUGAUGCACAGAUGUGCCUUCCCCAGGUGAUGCACAGAUGUGCCUUCCCCAGGUGA